GCAACAGCAUUGUCCGCUGGAAAAGUGACUCUCAACUUUUUCUAGUCGGUAAAGAAGGGAUUUUGCCGAAGUUUUAGCGACAUGUGGGUGAUGAUCUACAUUCCUGAUAAGACACUAAAUACCCUGCUUGCUAGAUACUGUUCCGUUAUGGGCCUCUGUGAAUGCAACCACCAAGCGACAGAUACCUACAUAGUCUUACUGCCAAAGAACAAUCCGUCAUGAAUUCCAGCACUCCCACUCGUGUUGGGCCUGUCGUCCUCCCCGAAGAAGAAAUCGCGUCUUGUGCGCCUGAGAAAUUUGACGGAGUUUCACGCGGUGACCUCAGCUGGAACACCUUGUUUUCUUCUUCGAUAACUCCUACGAAUACACUCAGUGCAGGGAUUGCAGUAUGUCCUCCAAAGACUGGUCAUCUAUGUGCUCACAGGCACGACCAAGCUGAAAUUUAUUACGUCGUGGAAGGUCAGGGCAUUGUUACGAUUGACGGCAAGGAAAGUGAGGUGAGGAAGGGUACUGCGGUAUUCAUCCCGAGCAACGCUGAGCAUGGCAUUAAAAACACGGGAGAUGAUGCUCUCAAAUGGUUCUAUGCUUUCGCGACAGAUGCUUUCGAGGAUGUCGUGUACAGAUUUUCCUAGACCUCGAAGGUGUUCGUAGAGUAAUAUUAUUCACAGCCUCCGCGCUGAACAUCAGCGUGGCUCCACGCUCUGGAGCCGAGCGAACCCUUGCAGAUUUGUGGCAAUCUCAAGAUGCCAACGUAUCAUCCUGGACGUUCAACGUGAGAAAUAGAGCGCGAUGCAGGUGAUAGAGUACAGGGGGGCAUCAAUGCAUCAGCUUUUUCGCAUGGCAGCGACGAGACUUGGCAGGGAGCCUUGCCAGCGAAUUGAAUAGAGUACUGAGUGCCUUGAUGUCAUUUCCUCGCUCCGCGU